AUGAUACCGUGGCAGGAACGAAACUUAGAAGAUAGGCUAACCAUUGCACCUUGCAGCAACGCUGAUGGGACACACAAGCUUCCCCUGUUUGUUAUUGGUAAAUCUAAGAAGCCUAGGGAAUUCAAAAACAUAAAUUUAUCUUCCUUGCCUGUUUAUUAUCACAAUCAAAAAUCUGCUUGGAUGGAUUGCAAUCUUUUCAAAUCUUGGUUUAUCGACGAGUUUGUUCCAUCUGUUAAAAAGGACUUGAAUCAAAAAAAGCUUAAUGUUCGUGCUGUAUUGCUGUUCGAUAAGGCACCAUCACAUCCAUCUGAGGAGGAAUUAGUGAAAGGGGACAUAAAAGCUAUCUUGUUACCACCAAAUGUCACAUCACUUAUCCAACCAAUGGAUCAGCGAGUUAUAGAAUGGUUAAAGAGGCGGUAUAGCAGAAAGUACAUCAAUUCAAUUUUAGAAAAGUCCGAAGAAGGUUUUAAUAUAUUUGAAUCAAUGAAAUCAAGUAAAUAG